CUGACGGUUGAUUUCGCCAUCUUGACCUGAAUUGUCGAAAGAAGAAAUUGGUCGAGGAAAUAUCCGCUGACAUCUUCGCGUAAGAAGUCAGUAAAGAAGGUUGCAGCCAUGAGUGGCGGCAUUCCGUAUCUUGGCAGUAAAAUAAGCCUAAUUUCGAAGGCCGGUAUUCGAUAUGAAGGCAUUUUAUACACAAUAGAUCCGAACGAAUCUACUGUGGCUCUUGCGAAAGUUCGGUCCUUUGGUACAGAAGAUCGUCCAACUGAUCGACCAGUUGCUCCUAGAGAUGAGAUAUUUGAGUACAUCAUAUUUCGGGGCAGUGAUAUCAAGGAUCUUCAUGUCUGUGAGCCUCCUAAACCACAGACUCUCCAACCCCUGCCACAGGACCCGGCCAUCGUAAAGUCAUCUCAGCCGACCCCUGGUGGCUCUUUCCAGCAGCAGGCCUCAGGAUUCUCUGGGAAUAGUGCCACAAGCACAUACCAACCAUUCAGUGCUCCAUCUAUGUAUGGUCAACAAUAUGGAGGUCAACCGGGUCAACAGGCAGGCUUCGGGGGAUUACCACAAUCAUCGGGUCAGCCAGGGUCUCGAGGCCCCUCCCCCAUUCAUAGCCGGAUCUCCCCAACUAUGGACCAGGGUGUGCAAGUGGGUGCUGGCCCCGCCCCCCAACGUAGGACUGGUUCUCGGGGAGAAACUCCACCUCCUAAUCGCAAGUCUCCCACAUCUGAUCAGGGGACGCAGUCGGAGCCUGUGGGUGUGGACACAAGUAAACCACCACCAGGUCACCAGCCCGCACCUCAUAGGGAUCAACCCUCUCAGAACGAGAACCGACGGAGACCUCCACCCCAGCAGCAGCAGCACAAUCGGGGCUGGGAGCAAAAGGACCAGCAGCAGCACAAUCGGGGCUGGGAGCAGAAAGACCUUGGCCGACAUCCGCCUAGAGAGCAGCAGGAUCACAGGCCAGUGUCAGCCAGUUAUGCAAGGGGACGAGGCAAUAACAGAGGAGUAUCAUGGCAAGGUGGUCAAGGAGGUGGUUACAGGGGCAACCCAAAUCGUGGGGGUCCGAGAGGUGCCCCACGGGGUCAUUCAGCAAGGGGCCGAAAUCCACAAAGCAGGGAACCCAUUAAGUUUGAGGGCGAGUUUGACUUUGAAAGUUCCAAUGCUCAGUUUGACAAGGAAGAGAUUGAGCGGGAAUUAAAGCAGAAAUUGACACUGGGUGAUAGUAAGGAGAAUGGUGAGAAGCCUGUAGAGAACGGCGGGGAUGAGGAAGAUGAUGAGUACUUCUAUGACAAGGCCAAGUCCUUCUUCGACAAUAUCUCCUGUGAGGCAUCUGACAGGGCAAAGGGCAAACAGUCACGCCCAAGCUGGAAGGAGGAAAGAAAACUGAAUGUAGAAACAUUUGGUACAAGUGACCCACGGCGGGGCUUCCGUGGGCGAGGUGGUUUCCGUGGCAACAGGGGAGGUUACAACAACUACAAUGGUUACAGAGGGCGCGGCCGAGGGAGUACAGGAGGAUACAGAGGUCGAGGCGGAUAUGGUGGUCGUGGGGGAAAUAGGCGGAACCAGGGAUGGGUAGAUUAUGAGUACCACUACGAAGACCGCAGACCACCCAGUGGACAGAACAGAGACAUGAACAAAGAACAAAACAAUCGACAGACAGCCACAACAGAAUCAUAGUUACCAAGCCAUGUAAGGAUGAGGAUGGUGCUCAGAUAACGUUGCAAUCUGGUCCACUAAAAUUCUCCCAGAUCUCUGUUUCAACUCCAUUUCCUGCACAAGACAUCACAGUUGAUUUAACGAUAUAAGAACACAGAUUUUUGUAGCCUGUUGUCAAAGAAUGACGACUUGAAAUGGUGUAAAUUUGAAAAAAGUUCUGUGUGUAAUUAGUCAAACUUUUUGUAGCAUAUGGGAGAAAUACCGAAAUUGGUUAUAGAUGGCUGGGUUUUUGAACUAGAUUUAUUAUUUGUACAUGUCUUGUCACCUGAAUCAGUAUUUUAGUAAGUGUGACAAGACUGGCUUAUUUUUAUGUUUAUUUAUAUUCAUGCAAUGAUGUACGUCAAGAUUACCACACUUUGUCCAUGGCUAGUGCUUCAUGUUGAAUCUGAACAGUGCUGCAACAGUUUAUACUGGCUAGUUUUUUGGUAACAAUGAAACAUUGCACAUUUGUGUUACUAUAGAAUAAGUCAAUAGGUCGAAUAUGUUUGUCAAAAUAUGUUGUAACUUAUAGAAGGAUUUGUGGAACCCAGGCACUGAUGGAGUUGUUUUCCAAAGUGUUUAAAUCUUUAUUAAAAGAUGUGUGAUCCAUUCAUUUAAAGUAGGGAUGCAAACGAAUGGCAAAAUUGAUAUUCGAAUAUUCGGUAAUUCUUUCAAUCGAAUAUUUGAUUACUAAAAUACAUCUUUUAGGAGUUGUAGUAAACUAUAAUUAUUAUUCGCUAAAGUAAUAGCCGGGAUAUUUAACCCUACUUUGCCGUAGCUUGUACGCACGGCAGACCCUGGAAUUCCCCAUUUUCAGAAAGAAAAAAGCAAUACAUUAUGAACAAACAAAAAACAAAAUCGAAUAAUUUCAAUUCCGUUGCUUUCAUAUUUGUAAACAAUGUGAAAUUAGAUGGAUUCCUUGUCAUGUGGCGUUAUGCGCCAAAGGAGGGUCUCUGAAGGAUGAGAAGCCUUGUUCUGGGAUUGACCUCUUCUGAAAAUAGCUAUGAAAAAUCGCAGGAACUAGUAAAACGAUUAAACGAAUAUAUGAGGAUUUGGACUCCUUUAUUGGAAGAAGAAGACAACACAUGUGAAGGCUGAUUCGUUAAAUCCUUAAUUGGCAUGUGUAUUGAAAUUUACCGAAGAUUAUUCAAACUUGUUUGAUGACCCUUGUCACUUGGCAGUUAUUGCAAAAUUACAGGGACUGUUUAUAGGACCCGAAGAUAUGUCCCAAAAUGACAUUUGAGGCGUGUAUAGAUUAUUGUCAUCACAUUCACACCUCUGUCAUUAGGGGCCGAUCGUUGUAAAAACAAGACAAACAAACUUUAUACACAAGAACAGAGUUGAAGGCAAUAGUUUUUUUAUUCUAUUAAUUCAACAAAUUGUUUUCGAAUAUUUGAAUACCGAUUUUGUCAUUCGAAUGUCAAAGACCAUGGUUGGUGUGAUUAUAUUCAAUGGUGCAGUCAGCAAUGAGCAUAUCAAUUUUCUGUAACCAUUGAAGACAGUUCUUAUCUGGAACAAAGGCAGAGUGUUUUAUCGCAUGCAUUUCUAGAUUUUAGAUGGGAACUAUCGUUCAAACAGGUCAUGCACAUACAAGAAGCAUGUAAACAAUGGGGACCAGUACACAAUUUCAAAGGAAAAAUGCUACAGUUAAUGAUUUUACUUAAGAAUCAUUGUACAUGUAUAUUGCAGGCUGAUGCCAUUUAACUUUUGUAAAUGUAUGAAAUAUGGGCCUUUUAAUACUUUAAUACUAAAUAUUUUGGCUUUCUAGGGAUCUUUAAACUAAUUAUCGAAGGAGCAUUUAAUGAGCAUUCCAGAUCUGGGGAUUACGCGUAGAUGGUACAUGUACACCAAAUGAUCAUAGCGUCAGGCUGUGUGUCAUGUUCACCAACGUUUGGAUUAUUUGGUCAGGCUGUGUGCCAUGUUCACCAAAUGAUCAUUUGGUCAGGCUGUGUGCCAUGUACAUGGGUCAGGCUGUGUGCCAUGUUCACCAAAGUUUGGAUUAUUUGGUCAGGGUGUGUGCCAUGUACACCAAAGUUUGGAUUAUUUGGUCAAGCUGUGUGCCAUGUACACCAAAGUUUGGAUUAUUUGGUCAAGCUGUGUGCCAUGUACACCAAAGUUUGGAUUAUUUGGUCAAGCUGUGUUCCAUGUACACCAAAGUUUGGAUUAUUUGGUCAAGCUGUGUGUCAUGUACACCAAAGUUUGGAUUAUUUGGUCAAGCUGUGUUCCAUGUACACCAAAGUUUGGAUUAUUUGGUCAAGCUGUGUUCCAUGUACACCAAAGUUUGGAUUAUUUGGUCAAGCUGUGUGUCAUGUACACUUGAACUUUUGCUUACCCUUACUGGUCUCCAUUGCAUGUUCUUGUAUUAUCCAUAUUUUCAAAAUUAAUAAAUAUGAAAAUGAUUUUUGUAUGCAAGGAAAAAAAGAAUGCUAUGAGGUCUGAUGUUUGUGUUUAGAUUGUGACUUAAUUGUCUUAAGAUUUUGUGGUCAAAAACUAGUCAAAAUAGGUCAGAGAUUAACUUUUUCUAAAAUCAAUAAGUAAAGAUUUGAAACAAAAUUGCUGAAUGUCUUCAUGUGAUAUAUAUUUAUCAGUACAUAUAUAUUUGGUUCAAUUUAGUGCCUUGGGUUCCAUACGUUCUCAUUGUUUCACCUAUUUGACCAGCUGUACAUAAAGUGGUUUCAAUCAACAUCUUGUAAAACAAAUGUGCUAUACUGUAGAAACUACUUGCCUGAAGGUGUUGUAAACUUGUGAUAGCCAGUGAAAUGAGAUGAAAAUUGUACCAUAAUUUCCGUGAUAUUUUAUACAACAUCACUAAUGCUAAAAAAAUCAAUGAAUAAAAACAACUUUCUAUA